UAGCAUGCCCCAAGGAUUCGCUAGAUAUUUAAAGGGGUAAAACACAAGGAGGUAGUUGAGUAACCAACCACGGUUGAAAAACAAAAUCCCACCACCGUCUCUCCGCCUGAAAAACUGGCAGUUCCCAUUUCGUUCUUCAAAAACCCUCCCACUGCAUCAUCCUUCUCUCACAAUUCACCAUGAUUAACGAAUCAAUGUUUCUCAAUCCCACGCCUCACAUUUCAUCCUGGGACUCCCUCGACGAUCCCGCCGCCGCAAUCCCAUCAUAUUUCACCGCGGACAACGUGUCGCCGCUCGAUUCGCCGACGGCGGCGGUUAUGGACUACGAUUCGUUGCUCUGGGAGGAUCAAGACUUGCCGGCCAUGGUGGACGCCUUCACGUGCGACCAUUUCCGGAUGUACGAGUUCAAAGUCCGCGCGUGCGCACGUGGGAGGUCGCACGAUUGGACCAAAUGUCCCUACGCCCACGCCGGCGAGAAGGCUCGCCGCCGGGAUCCGAGGAAGUUCAACUAUUCCGGCACCGAGUGUCCGGAUUUACGUCAUGGGUGUUGUAUGAAAGGAGACGCUUGUGAGUACGCUCAUGGAGUUUUCGAAAUUUGGCUCCACCCUGAUCGGUACCGGACUCAGCCAUGCCGUGACGGAGCAGGCUGCCGAAGGCGGGUCUGUUUCUUCGCCCACUCGUCGGAGCAACUCCGGAUUCCAGGGAAACAGAGCAUCAGGUCUCCCCGAGGCAGGGAAAUCGCCGCCUCUGCCGUAUCAUCUCCGACGUCCAUCCUAAUAUCAUCAUCGUCGGACUCGCCGCCUAUGUCUCCGAUCAGCCCUUUAACCACCGGUGGGGAAUCGUUCAGUAGAUUAGUCGCAAUGAUGCACAAUCUCCACUUUGAUGAAUUAAAAACGAAUCCGGGGAUCUCCGGCUUCGGUCCAAAUUUCCGACGAAACUCCGGCGCAUUUGAUUCAUGGGACAGAGAUAACGAAGAAGAACCAGCAAUGGAGAGAGUAGAAUCAGGGAGAAACCUACGAGCCCAAAUGUACGCGAAAUUGAUGAGAGAGAACUCAGUGGAGCGUGUCCGGCCGCUGAUAUUGGCCGGAUCUCGGAACUAAUUCCAGAAGGAAGAAGAAGCCAUGGAUUGGAAUUGUUUCUUUAAUUGAGUUUCUCUGUGAAUCAAAUCUUUUCGUCCUUUUUUUGUGUAUUUUGUUUCAAGUUUCUACUAAUUUCUGUAAAUGGGUGAAUGUUAAUAUUGUGUAUAAACGUGCUUCACAAUACUGCCCCUCAAUCCUCAUCCUUGUUCAUGUAAGAUUUAAAUCUUAGUACAUUACUUCAAUUAGUUCCUUAAA